GGAACUGUCUGAAGUCAAAGCUAAAGCCAACGACAACGAACAAUAUUCAAGGCGUAACAACAUAAGGAUUUUUGGACUUGGGGAAGAAAAUAAUGAAAACUGCUACGAUGUCGUGCUACGAUUGUGUGACGAACUAAAUUUGGACGUUAAAAGAAACGAACUUGAUCGUGUUCAUAGGGUGGGUCGUGCUCGUAACGUGACUCAUUCUUGUAGCAACCCAGUUCAUCCUCGGCCUAUGAUUGUUAAAUUGACUGGUCAUCAAAGCAAACUGAAGUUCAUGAAAGCAAGAAAACAUUUACGCAGGAAUGUCUCUAUCAAGGAAGAUCUUACCCGGGAAAACUAUGAGCUUCUGAAAUAUGUUAAAACAAAUUCACUCAAAGACGUCGCUGUUUAUACCAUCGACGGUGUGAUUAUGGCGCGUGCACCAGGUCACGACAAGCCUUGCCGAAUUUACAAGAAAGAAGACCUGGCUACGUUUAAACUACAUAAAACUCCCCCAGCAGCGGAUGACAAAAACAAAACGAUGA